AUGUCGUUCCUCCGGCCUCUCCUCAACCCGAUCCUGGGCCCUGCGCCUCGCCAGCCAGAACCAGUCUCGACCGACACCGUCAUCCAGCUUUCUGCAUUGGACAGCUCCUGGAUGAUGCGCAUGAUGAUCAUGAGCUGGUCGAUGUGCUUUCACGACGUCCUCGACCCGGACAUGCUCCACUCCUCACUUUCGGAAUUACUCACAGUCGGAAACUGGCGGAAGCUUGGCGGUAGACCACGGUUGACAGAUGACGGUAAACUCGAGCUUCACGUACCGGAGGUCUUCCACCCCUCCCGCCCAGCAGUCCACUUCACGAGUGAGCCCAACCCUUCAAGCGUGAAAUCUCAUCCCCUCGCCUCAACUAUCCCGUCGCUCUUCUCUCCAUCCACCAACGCCCUAUCACGUCCACACAUCCUCGACACCCCGUCGACACUCACCCCCAUCCUUGCAGGCCCUGAGGCUCCGACAACUUUCUCAGACUACACCACCACAGACCGCCCGUUGCUCACCCUGCACGUAAUAACCUUCACCGACGCAACGUUCGUCACCAUAACGUAUCCGCACAGCAUCGCGGACGGCAUGGGCCGUAGGGAGCUCGUCGAAAACUGGUGUCGCGUGCUAGCGGGCAAGAGCCAAGACGUCACGCCCCUGGCAGAUCUAACUUUCGACCCAAUGGCGAAUGUCGCAAAAUCAGAGAAGCAACAGUAUACCGAGCCGUUCCUAUGGGAGCACAAGAGGUUACACGGCUGGGGAAAGCUGCGCUUCACCUUCAGCCUCCUGUGGUACCUCCUCACGAACCGCAUCCGCCAACGAAACCUCUUCAUCCCCGCCGCGUCCCUCAAGUCCCUCCGCCAACGCGCCGAAACCGACAUCGCGCAGUCCCCCGAGGCUGCGACCCGUCUGAGCGACGGUGACAUCCUCACGACCUGGCUCGUCCGCCUUGCUUGCUCGCACAUUCCCAAGUCCUCCCCCGCCAAGCCGAUUGCGAUAUCUACGGCCCUCGACCUCCGAGGCCGCCUGCACGAGGAGGACAUGCCCUCUGACGUGGCCUACAUUACCAACCUGGUGGCGUAUAACUGGACGAGUACGACGGCUCUUGGAUUCUUGCACGGCCCGUUUGGGAAGGCUGUCGCGCUCAUUCGAGACUCGGUGAGGUCGCAGCUCACUGAUGCCCAGGUCUACGCCUCAACGAGGUUGACGUACAAUGCUGUUGCAGAAAGCGGGAGUACCAAUCAGUUCACUGAGCCGGAUGGCUUCGUUGUUUCGGUGUCGAAUGUGGCCAAGGCGAGGUUUCAUGAGGUCAUCGACUUCAGUCCCGCUAUUGUCAGGGUUGAAGGGGAAGUUGAAGAGGAAAGAACGACGCCGAGGGGGGAGAUCGUAUGGCAGUGCAACACGCCCCGGAUGCGGAUGCACCCACCUUGUCUGAUUUAUAUCCAGGGGAAAGAUCAUGCGGGCAACUAUCUGGCGCAGAUGCUCGUUGCCGAGCGGACGUGGCGGACCAUUGAAGAACUGAUCAGUGAGAUGUGA